UCCCUCCCCGUAUAUAGGGUUUCAACAAUUCCUUCUUUGAGUUGAGAAGAAGAGAAGAGAAGAGAAUAGAGAUGGACGCCUUGGAUUCCGUCGUGGAUCCGUUGAGAGAUUUCGCAAAGGACAGUAUCCGACUCGUUAAGAGGUGUCACAAGCCCGAUCGCAAAGAAUUCUCCAAGGUUGCUGUUCGUACUGCGAUCGGGUUCGUCGUUAUGGGUUUUGUUGGGUUUUUUGUUAAGCUCAUCUUUAUUCCCAUCAACAACAUCAUUGUCGGCUCUGGUUAGGCUUUCAGGACUUACAAGUUUAUAGGAAGAACACAAACACAAAUUUUUAAUCUAGUGGAUGGAAUUCAGUGUUAAUGUGGAAUUUCUGAUGUUGUUACAUCUUAUUAUACACUAGAGAGAGAUAAUGUUUAUUUUUGUUUUAGGAUUCUUCUUUCAUAGACAUGGACUUCAGCUUCUUAAUAAAUAAAGUCUAAAUUUCUAUUAUUUUGCUUUA